ACGACCUAGGGCUCUUUAGCCAUGGCCUCUCCGCCGCUGCGCAAGGUGCUACUCUACUCCGCCGGGUGAGCUCUCUUUCCCUUGAUCGCGCAUUUCCAAUCGAUGAUCGAUGCGCGCCUGCAUUGCACAGGAUCGUCGUCCUGGUCGCGACCACUUACGAUGUUCACCGCUAUGUCAAGGCGAAUGAGAAGCCGCCGAGCAUGGAAGACAAGGCCGCAUUUGCCGCAGCGUUAGAGGCGGCGCGGCGCAAAACCUGAGCUUGAGGCCUCGAUUUCUGGGAUUUCUUCCUUACAUCCAUGGCUGCCAAAAUCUUGUGGCUAUGUGAUCGCAAGCUGCUCCAAUAUCUUCGUGGAUCGAAGCUCUACCAUGCGUGAGUUUUCCGCUAUUUCGGCUUGGCAUUCUGCAAGCUAUAGCUUGAAUGGCCAAUGCAUGGCUUGAAGAAGCGGUUCCGACUCUCCAUACCAUCGCUCCUUCGGCAGCAGCAGCAGCAGCGGCACUUCCACGAAGAUAAAGCAUUUACCGGUGGCGAGUUCAAUCUAUGGGCUGCGGUAGUGGAAGAGCCUCAAGCACACGACUACGCUCCUCUUGCUCCUCCCACUCUUUCGGACGAAGAUGUGAAGCAGAGGCUGGCAAGCCUUGAAGAGCAAAACCAAAAGUCGGAUUUUGUCGAUCCUGCCGCCUACGUUUCCCUGUUGAAACAGGCUGGGGACGUCACCGCCUUGAAGACGAUACAGGCACACAUCUCCCACAGCAAGCGCUUCUCCGGGGAUAGAUUGCUGCUCAACUGCGUAGUGGAAGCAUAUGGAAAGUGUGGCUGCGUCAAGGAUGCACGGCUGGUUUUCAGUUCUAUCCGCCACCCCAACGUCUACUCGUGGACGAUUCUUCUCGCUGCUUAUGCCCAGAACGGGCAUCACAAGACGGUGCUCGAGCUUCUCCGCCAAAUGGACCUCUUGGGAGUGUGGCCGAAUGCUGUGACUUUGGCGACAGUGAUCGGUGCCGUGUCCGAGCUCGGGGACUGGGAUGAGGCUCGGAAAAUCCACGCCAGAGCUGCCGCUACUUGUCAACUCACGUACGACGUCGUCCUAGUGACUGCGCUGAUCGACAUGUAUGCGAAGUGUGGCGACAUCUUUCACGCGGAGGUGGUGUUUGAUCAAGCUCGCAACAAGGACUUGGCCUGCUGCAACGCCAUGAUCUCGGCAUACAUCCAACUCGGCUACACGGUCGACGCAGUGUCGACGUUUAACCGCAUCCAGCCCAGCGGCCUGCAGCCAAAUCAGGUGACUUACGCGCUCCUCUUCCGCGCCUGUGCCACCAACGGCGUCUACUCGGAUGCUCGCGUAGCACACAUGUGUUUCAUCCUCAGCAAGCUCCGCCCCGACGUGGUCGUCAACACCGCGCUGGUGAGCAUGUACUCGAGGUGUGGGAGUUUGGAGGACGCGAGGAGAGUUUUCGACCGAAUGCCCGGGAAGAAUGUGGUGACUUGGAACGUGAUGAUCGCUGGUUACGCACAGGAGGGAUAUACAGACGAGGCUCUCCAACUGUACGUGAGCAUGGAGGCUGCCGGCGUCGAGCCCGAUGAGAUCACCUUCGUAAACGUGCUCGAGUCAUGCUCGUUGGCGGAGCAUCUAGCAGCAGGCAGGGACAUACACAAGCACGUCGUCGACGCCGGCUAUGACUCUAGUCUCACGGUUCUCAGCGCACUCAUCACCAUGUACUCGGCGUGUGGAAGCUUGGGUGACGCCGUGGACGUUUUCCACAAGGGAGUAACGACACACAGCAGCGUCAUCUCGUGGACAGCCAUGCUCACGGCUUUAACAAGAAAUGGCGAGGGGCGGAGUGCUCUGGCUCUAUUCAGGAAAAUGGAUCUCGAGGGUGUCAAGGCUAACGUGGUGACUUUCGUGAGCACCAUCGAUGCGUGCUCCAGCAUUGGAGCGCUGGUAGAGGGUCAUGCUAUCUUCGAGCGGGUGAUUGUCACCGGCUAUCUAAUCGACGUGGUGCUCGGAACUUCGCUCAUCAACUUGUAUGGGAAAUGCGGCCGCCUCGACUAUGCCUUGGAAGUGUUCCACCACCUGAGCUUCAAGAACAUUGUUACGUGGAACACAAUCCUGGCCGCGAGCUCGCAGAACGGGGAGGAGACACUGAGUGCCGAGCUGCUACAGGAGAUGGACCUCGACGGUGCUCAACCCAACGAGAUGACGCUGCUCAACAUGCUCUUCGGAUGCAGCCACAACGGACUGGUCGCAAAAGCCGUGAGCUACUUCCGGUCGAUGGUUUACGGCCACUGCCUCGUCCCGACGAGCGAGCACUACGGCUGCCUAGUGGAUCUUCUCGGUCGCAGUGGACAGCUCGAAGAAGUGGAGGCUUUCAUCAGCAGCAAGCCGUUCAGCCUCGACUCGGUGCUGUGGAUGUCGCUGCUGGGAUCGUGCGUGAUUCACUCGGACGUGGAGAGGGGCCUGCGAGCUGCGAGGCGUGUUCUCGGACUCGACCCGAAGAACGCGUCACCUUACGUGCUGCUGUCCAACAUGUUCGCGGCCAUCGGCAUGCUGGACGCGGUGAAAAGCCUGGCAAAGUUGGCGGGCGAGAGGGCGAUGAAGAAGGAACAGAGCCGGAGCUACAUCGAAGUAAACGGGGUGGUGCACGAGUUUGGAGUGAGAGCUGGGCUGCACCGGCUGGGCGAGAAGAUCGGAGCUCAGCUGCGUGAGUGGAGCGAGGAGAUGGAGGAGGCGGGGUUCGUGCCGCUGCAUGACGUGCGGGGGUACCACGACGAGAAGCUGGCGAUUGCUUUCGGUGCGAUAAGCUCGCCGCCGGGUGUACCGCUGUUCGUCGUCAAGAACUUGCGGAUGUGCGUGUGCUGCCACGGCGAGAUCAAGCACAUCUGCAAGAUGACCGGGAGAGACAUAUCCGUCAGGGAAGGCAACCGCGUCCACCACUUCCGUCCCAUGGACGCGAGCUGUUCGUGCGGUGAUUACUGGUGACACACACGGGACAGAUGCAACGAAGUUGACGAUCAUGGCUCCAUCUUGGUUUAUUUAUUGUCUUUCCGGAGGGGCCAGGGGCGCGUUGCUGCUACUGCUGCUGGUGCCAUCUUUAAUCGGGUACGUCGUGUGCCUUGAAUCUGCUCAGGUGAAAGCUCGCCAAAGGUGAAACAAGUCAAGGAGCGGAGUAAAACUUGAGCAGCCAAGGUGAUUUUCGGAUGGGAAGCUAUCAACAUUCAUUCUUUUAUUCGGCUCGCUCACGCUCACGAGGCAAGUGACUCUCGCCAGCCACCGUAGCAUUUCUCGCAUGAGCUUCUUGGGUUGGGAGUCUUGACUUUCUGUAUAGCUCGUCUAUUCUAUUAAGUGCAUCCAUUUCGAUUCUUGGA